UUAUUUGUUUGCAUUUUUGUUGCGCACAGCUGUUAUCAGUCUUUUGUUAUUAUUCUUGCGUGAAAUCUCGUCAUUAUUGGAAAAAUAUUUGUUUUACCUUACUUUAGUUAAGUAUUCGGUCAAUUUUUCAACAAAACCAUGACGGACGACGUGAAGAAGUUUUUCCACAACAUGAUACAACGAGUCAAUGGCUUACACUGCGUCAUGGUAACCGACCGCGAUGGCGUGCCUCUCGUUAACCUGGAGAAGGAAAAAUCCAUUCAAAUUGUGAUGAAACCAGCCUUUCUGUCCACGUUUACCCUGGCGGCGGAACAAUCCAAUAAACUGGGGUUGGGAAAGAAUCGUAACAUUAUCUCUGUGUACGCCGACUACCAGGUGGUUCAGAUGAACAAACUUCCGCUGGUGGUAACGUUUAUCGGAGCACAAAACUGCAACAUCGGACACAUACUGGCGAUGGACCAGCAGAUCGACACGAUUCUAGAGGAACUCAAGACGGCUGUUACGGAUUCGUGAAUGAGGGAUACUGUACAUCAAAAAUAACUAACUCGAAGUAAGUUGAAAUUUUACUCUUUUCCUUAAUGUAUAUCUUAAUAUCGAUAUGAAAAUCGUCA